AUUAUGUGCUAUCACAGCCAAGUAGGAAGUGGCAGCUGCUGCAAACAUGUCGACUGCUAUGAACUUCGGGAGCAAAACAUUCAAACCUCGACCUCCAGAAAAAGGCUCUUUCCCAUUAGAUCAUUAUGGUGAAUGUAAACCUUUCAAAGAGAAGUUCAUGAGGUGUUUGAGAGAGAACACAUAUCAGAGUGGCCCCUGCCGGGAGGCAUCUAAGGAAUAUUUGGAAUGUAGAAUGGAAAGGCAGUUAAUGGCAAAGGAACCAUUGGAGAAGCUAGGUUUCAAGGACCUGGUUAACAAUCAGAAAACUGAAGAGCAAAAUAAAUUAUGAAAACCCCCUUUUUUUUGGACUACUUUUUGCAUUUCCGGAACACAAAAUUCUGCAAGAGUCUUGCGAGUGGCGAAAUGUUUGUUUUCAUUGGACAGUGUAUGCUUGAAAUCACUGUGCAAGUGUGAGAAGGGAUCAGUUUCUUUAAUGACACCUUACAGAAAUCUUUUGAUGGCUCUGCAUGUAAUCUUGUGUUCUCCUAAAUUCAGUUCUGUGAACUUUUAUUAAAUACAUGUUCAUGCAGUGC